GGCGGUGUGUAACCGUCUAGCGGGCGGGUGUUAGGGCGGGUCCGGGCCGCGCGCCGGGAUGGGGAUGAGGCUGCGGGUGCUGUGCGCGGGGCUGCUGUUAGCGGGGCUGCCGGCGGAGCUGGGCGCGCAGGGCGCCCCGGAUGCGGCAGCGGUGCCCCGCGGCGGGGGCGGCGCCGGGCCGGGCGGCGAGUACGGGGUGAAGCUGUGCGGCCGGGAGUUCAUCCGCGCCGUGAUCUUCACCUGCGGCGGGUCCCGCUGGAAGCGCUUGGCCCUGCAGGCGGAGGAGCCGCUCCCUGGCGCUGAUUCUUCUCAAGCCACCAGUAACAAAGAACUGGAGAACUUGAAGUUGCAGUCAUUCUUAGGUCCUGGAUUGGAGCAGCUGCAAAGAGCCAGUGUACCGCUUGGACAGCUGAUAUUGAAGGAUUUGUUUAGUUUAUAUGAUUAUAAUGAGUAUGUACCCAUGUCAGAUGACUUCAGUGAAUAUGUUCGCCAGGUUGAGGAUGCUGCCUGGAAGAACAGAGGUGGAACAGGGAUUGCCAAUCCCAUGAGGUCAAACAGUUUUCCUUGGGCCAAGUAUCCCAGAAGAAAACGAGACUUCUCAAUGGGGGUAGCAGGAGUGUGCUGCAAAUGGGGCUGUACCAAAGCUGAGAUCAGUACACUAUGCUGAGAUUAAAAUUGUAUUUCUGUAUUUAUUUUAGACAUAUGAACUCAAUGUUAGUUGCAGUGAUGCCUGAUCAAGUACUGCAUGUAGGGAGCAAAACAGUCUCAAUAACAUGGCAAUUUUGUCUGCAAGCAGCUGUAUGUUACUGUUUUUUCUCUAAAAACUCAAAACUUAUGGUAAUCAGAACUUUGUUUUGCUGCAGUAACCUUUGCUCUAACUGUGUUAGUAAACCUUUACUUUCUGUGUUUUAAGGCUUUGUCUUUAAAAUUAUAAGAAGACUUUCACACCACCUCUUUGUAACACUUCAGGGAGAAACCUCAAUGGUAAUUAAAGUAUGUUACACUAUAUAAAUGCAAUAGAGUUGUUUUUCCCCUUCCAUUGGAAACAAUACCUAGGGAAUCCUUUAAAGAGCUGAGACUUUGACCAAUUCUAGCUGAAAGGGUGUUCUGUAACUUGAAACUCAAAUAAUACCAAGUUGGCUAACUGGCUUCUAUGCCACACUAACAGAAGUUAGUAAGAUGAUCUAGUACAACAUCCAGACCAUCUCCAUCCAAUUACAGAAUUAUUUCCUAAAUACCACAUUUUAAAACAAAAUUUUCUCAUUCGGCUUAAACUUUCCUUUGACUUCUUUCCUACUUGUAUAUCUCUGUACUGCCCUGAAUAAUCUCUGGUUAAAGAAUUAACAUCUCAAGGAAUCUAGGUUUAUCUUGUGCCAUCUGUUCCUCACUUGUUGUUUAGCCAAAGUGUUAGAUAUUUAGCACCUUUAAUCUAUUCAUACUUGUUCUAUGAACACCUUCCAAUUUAUCUACAUUUCUAGAGUACUGCAGUAUUCAAUUGUGUGCAAUAUUCCAGAUUUACUGUUGAAUUACUAACUACUGUUUCAUUUGUCUUCCACUGUUACUUUUCUCUUAAUGGUCGUGGUAUCCAGAUUUUUUUCUUUAUCCUCUUCAGAUAUACUAACUUAUUUUCUUCUAAUAUUUGUAACCAUUUGAGGUCCCUCUAAAUUCUGGUAUUUAAAAUGCAUCUUCACUUAUUGUAACUUUGAAAUUAGUGUUACAUACCUCCUACUUCAAGACUAGUGAAAAUGGCAGUGAAUAGUUGCCAGUGUACCAGACCUAACACCAAUUGCUGUAGCACUACAAUUACUGAAGACUAUUUAUGAUGACUGUUUGUUUAGUCUUUCAGCUAGUUUUCAAUCCAUGUACAUUUUUAACAAUUAAAUUAGAUAAUUUAAACGAAUGCUUCACUAAAUCAAUAGUGUAUCUCCCAUGUUCCCUUCAUCCUCAAAUUUUGUAAUUAUUCCCAUCAAUUAGAUUUCACUGAUAAGAGUGAAAACUCCACGGUAUUUUAAAAGAGGAUGGAAAAAACAGCUGUUAAAUGUGGAUAUUAUCAACCUUUAGCUUUCAUAACAUUUACAUUUCAAUGGGAUGGCAAUUUAUAUUACUAAUUGUUAAAUAUGCUUUUCUUCUACUAUACAUAGCUGCAGUGAAUGAGAGCUGCUCUGGGAAGGGUAACUGUAAGUGAUAAUGUAUGUUCACUGUAGCUCCCACUGCUAGUUAAGGGUGCUUUUUUUUUUUCCAUUCUAAACCCUGCUUCCAGUCACUCAUUUUAAUGAAUUUUUCAAGUUUCAGGCUGAGUUUUUCUAGACUUAGUAGCUAAUAAAGGAGAAGGGGUAGAGUUUGAGGAGAAAUGCUUCCCCUAAUUUUGAUUAGGAGCAAGUGGGGAAGCAGGGAGCAAAUUCUCUCUCAAUUUCACACUUAGCAGUUCUACUGCAGAAACAGCUAUAGCAGAGAGCUGAAAUUUGACACAGAAAAUAGCCUGUACCAAAUUUCUUAAGUGCUUUGAGAAAAAAAUAUUCUAUUUUGAUUAAAUUAUGAUAAUUUGAAAAUUGCUCUGUAUGUACCAUCCAUCUUGACAGAACAUUUUCUCUGCUAAACUUGUAAAGUAAAAAACUGAGGAAAAGCUGCACUGUAUAUAUUUACAAACACGCAGAGUAAGUGACGUACCUGUUCCUUGUUCCAGGACUGCCCUUCAGGUUUGUUGGUGCAUAUCCACCUAGGCACACAGGUGAGCUACCUUUCCUCUUUCUGCCGGCUCCUGCAUCUCACGGUGUAAAGGUGUAAUUCAGGUGGGCUCUUGGACCAAACCAUUGGAAUUUUCUGUUGGAACUUUCUUAACAUUCAAGGUUGCAGACAUAGCCAUAUACCUUAACAUUAUAACCAGUGAAGAUAUGAAAAAAUAAAAGGAAAUCUGUCUCACCAUAAAAUUUACGGUAAGCAUUAAGUGGAAAGAUAAUUCCCAACACAAGCAAGGAAUAUUUAGGGCUUAACCAAGGCAGGAGGUGUGACUUGCAGAGGGUGCUGAAGUUUGUCUUUCACUAUUAUCCUGAGACUUUGUGAAUAGUCUUUGAAGGGUGAA